AGAAUAGGACGUUUCUUGGUCUCUGUUUUGUCUCAUCCCACUUUUAAUUAAAAAAAAAAAUACCUUUCAGAUUUCAGACUUCAGAUUUCAAUUAAAGGAGGCAUGGAGAUAGAAAUCCAAUUUUUGUAAAUUUGUUUUAGACCUUGCGUUUUCGUUUAAUAUUGGUGAAAAGCUCAUAUUUCGCAGCACAGGGGUUUUUUUGCUUAUAACAUAGGCAUGUAUUUAUAAACACACAUACAUUUUAUAUAUAUAGAUAUAUAUAGAUAUAUUAUCCAGAUUGGUACACACACACACACACACACACACAAAACCCCUAUAUAUUAUCCACAUUGGUGGUGAAGCAUGUAAAUACACAUCUAUAUAUACCUGCCUUUAUACACAUAUACAUAAACAUCCAAGCAGGUAAUAUGUGUCUCUGUGAAUUACACACUUUGAACUAAGAAUCAUACUUCUUAAUGAAAUAUAUAAACAGGAAAAGGCUCCUUACAAUGAUAUUGAAGAGCUAUUCUUGGGUAUAUGUGUCCUAGAGUACUUCUCUUGCUAAGUUCUUAUUUAUUUCUUGGGGGGGGGCAAAAGUCUCACAACUCCUGAAUUCCACAGCGUAGGGCCUCCUAUCAAAUUUCCCUCUAAAUUUUAAGUGCUUUUGGGUGGAUGUGGAAGAGAUUCAGACUUGUCUCUCUGUGUGCAGGAGUCUAAAUAUAGAGGAAUCUAACCUGUAUUUGAAAGCAAAAGGAAUAAGGUUUUGAAAUGUCUUUUUUAAACUGGUAGACCCUGUGAAAGAAAAGAAAAAAAGAAAAGAAAACAGAUCUCAACAGCUCAAAACUUUUGUUUGCUCUCUCUGGGAGGCAGGUUCAAAUACUUUAUCUUUAAAAUUAGUAGAUAUUUUAAACAGCCCAGUGGUACUCCAGGGAUGUUAAGUGAACACCUGCUGAGGUAGAGCAUAUUUAAAUCAGUGGGACUUACUUAGGAAUAGAAUUGGGGGUUAGAUUGGAAGGGGGGGAUGCUGAGAACUAAUAUUUCAGAAGUAGGAAAUAAAUGUCCCCAAGCACUCUCUGUGAAUCCUGUAUUGUACACGAGUGGAUUAUGUUUAAGUGUACUUAUGCAUAAGGGCAUGCUUAAGUACACUUUCUUGAAAAUAAUCCCAAAUAUUUUUGUUCAGGGUUUUAAAAAAAAGUUUUUUUAGCUUCCUUAUGCGGCAGGGCACCACAUUAAGUAAUUUAAUACUUACUUAAAUGAUAAUAGAAUUAUAAGCAGAACCAAACCAACCAGUUUCAUCCAGUUUCACAUUGUUAUUAUAUUAAAAUUAUACAGAUUGGUUACAAAGAAUUGUUGUGAAAAUAUGGAUGUUACUGAAAUAAAAUCUUGACAUAGGGAAGAAUACAAGAGAGAUAAAAUUGGAACUGCCUGCUUAUAUCUUUUUCUAUGUUAUCCAUUUCUGUGAUUUCAAAUUGAAAUAUAUCCCUUAAUCUACAUUCUUAUUAUAGUUAUUCCACAGCCUCUAUUUAAAUAAUUUAUAUAGACUUUAUUCUUUUAAUAUAAAUAUAACUUGUUAUAAAACCUAGUUCUCUUUUAGAAAUUAAUGAAAUAUAAAUAACUGUAGCUUCCAAAAUGCAACAUAGUAUAGAAUAUAAACAUUUAGGAACCCUGCUAUUAAGAUUUUUUUCCUUCUAAGAGAGGGGAAGUUCAUCACAAUACCAAACUUUAGAUUUUAAACAAAAUUAUGUAAGCCAUCCAUGUGCAUGUAUUAACAAAGAGAGGCAUACGCAUUUAUAAAUACACAUUAGAUAUGUAUACGUGUAGAAGAGAGAGAUUAAACACACACAUUUAUAAAUAUAUAGAUUCAUUCAUUUAUUCAUUUGUGGCCUAUAGGGCUAUUUCUCCCUACGAUAACCAUAGAGUUCAACUGUUUUACUAUAGAAAAAUCUUCCUCUGAUUUUAAAAUAAUUUUGGGUGGGGAUAAGAUGGCUAAUAAUACCCCCUUGAAACUUUUUUCUUCAUAUGUGUAACAUAUUAUUUCUUGUAAUUUUAAGAUCUUAGGUUAAAAAAAAUACAUGGCCGACUCCUAAUUUUAUGUUUUUUGUUUCAACUUUUAGCCUUCGAUGAGCAAAGAACAGGGAGGCAUGUAAAGCAAAAAGUAAAUCUAUCUUUUCGGUGCUGAAUAUUCAUACAUGACUUUAAUUAGCACACGGUUUCUCCCUUAAUUAGCACACGGGUUCCUCCCUCACUCUGCAUUUUCCUCCUAAAGCAAUUUUUUAAAAAAAUAUAGAGAUUGUAGAGAUCUCUUUUUCUUUCCUUUUAGUGAUAGAGUUACAGGUCCCCCUCCUCAAAAAAAAAAAAAAAAAAAAACCAAACCCCCACCCACAGAAUAAAGGAAAAACUCCUAAGGGGGAAGGGAAAAGCGCAGGAACCCUCCGGAGAAGAUACUGGAUUCAAAUGCUACAGGCACCCCGCAUUUAGCCAUAACUUUAAUUCACAACACUGGACUUGAUCUGAGGACCGAAUCACCUUUUUUGUUUCGCCAGAAGAUGUAACCCUCCGCUCAGUUCCGAUGUGCCAGGUUCUGCCGCAGAGCAGACCAGAAAAGAAAUAACUACUUAUACCCCAAACCUAGUUGUUUGGGACUGAAAUCCUUCUUUAAAAGCCCAGCGGGGGAAACGCUUUGACCGGACGACGGAGGCGGCUUCUUAUUCUUUCCAUCCCUUCUUAGGAAUCAACCGUAGAUACAGGGACACAGAUAUUAUACAUAAAUACAUAUGCUGCAGACAUCCCAAGCGAUCGAUAUGCAGGCUCCCCAGCGCGCAUACAGACGUAUGGGGUACAUACCUAUGUGCGUGCGCGUGCAUGUCUGUCUGUCUGUCUCUGUCUCUCUCUCUGUCUCUCUCUCUGUCUCUCUCUCUCUCUCUCUGUGUGUGUGUGUGUGUGUGUGUGUGUGUGCGCCUACAUAGAUGUACAAUAUCUCUCAAACGAGCGCACAAUACACCCGUCCCACAUAACCUUUCAGUGCUUGCGCCGUCCUAAGGAGAAGGUAUUGUAACACUUCUGGAAAAGGCUUACAAAUCUCGGGGCGUGGAUUCUCCUUGCAAUCAACUUGAUCGAGGGUGGGGGUCUUUAUUUCGUCCGUAACAAAAAGUCCGGGUCUUUCCUUCAGUUUACGCGCGCUGUCUUCCUCUCUCUCCCUCUCUCUCUCCACUUUUCGCCGUCUUCCCCCCCCCUCUUCAUGUCUCUUAUUUAAAAAACGCUCCUUUGCUGGUUGUUACCAGUGACACAGCCCCGAAGUAUAUCUCUCUUCCACCUUCCAACAUAGGGAGAUGUCACGAAUAAGAUUGGGAAGUACCGCAGAAAUAAGGAAUCAGCCACAAAUGCCUGUGUGUGUGUGUGUGUGUGAGAGAGAGAGAGUGAGUGUGUGCAUGUAUGUGCGAAAGAGAGCAAGAGAACCUGCCACACACCUGCAAGUUACCUAACCUUAGUGGCAAAAGAUAAAGUGAUAGAUUGAGCCCCCACACAAAAACUGAAAAAAGUUGUUUUUGGCGAUAUUGGGGGGGGGGAGGGGAGAGGCAAUCCUCAGCUUCAAGCGAGUCUGCUUUUGCUCCGGCGACUCAACAAUCCCUCUCGCGAGUCGGAAAAAUCCGCAUCGGAGGCGCCUUUAAAGAAGUGUCUCUUGCUGGGAGCCGCUCCUGAGUCUUGCCUCGCUGUUGGGGCGCCCUAAAGUUGGGAGCAGAGCGUCUUUCAGGGGGAGCCCAGAGAUGGAUUUGACUUUUUCCUGCCAGCCCCAGUUAGCUCUGAACUCUGCGGCGCGCUAUUAUUUACAGUGAGUUCCCAAACUAAACACAACAGUAUAAUUUAACCUUUCCAGGCACUCGUAAAUUUUUACGACUGUGAAACAGAGCAACGCAAAUGAAUAUGCCCAUAGUUACUGACUUAAUAACAGUCUGUGGCUCCCGGAACGAUAACUCCUUAUGAAAUAUAAUAAAUAUGUAUUUAAAUACAGAUUGCCGCCAAUGUUAUUUUCUUUCUUUAUGGCAUAAACGAUUGUAUAAUUUUAUGUGAAGGUCUCCGAUCACAAGAAGAGCAGCAUGUCUGCGCGGUGCCCUCUUUCCCUCGCCCUCUUUCUCUUUUCCCAAGGAACGAGAACCAUUGAUGGAAUGAUUAAUUAUGAUAUAAAAUAGUCCACUUAAAAAGAGUGAUCAUAAUAGACCCCCCUCUUCAAAAAAUAGUCUGAUCUUUUUAUCUCAUUUGGCCACAAUUAAAAGAAACUUUGCUCUACAACUUGCUUAUUCCUUUGCAUUAAAAAAAAAAAAGAGCAUAUGGCUUUGCUAUAAAAAUGAUGGCUGGAAAACACUGACCCAUUAAUAGCCUGCGGACUGAUUUAUUCUUUAUUGUUCUGCUGCCCGGACACGUGACACGCGGCAGCCAAUGGGCUGACAGGCAGCCUUCAACUUAUUAGGUGACUGUACUACUUCGCAAGGACCAAGUUGUUACAUGAAAUCUGUAGUUUCAUAAUUUCGCCAGGGCUCGCCUCUCCUUUGGUUUGGCCGGGGCGGCGAUGUCUUCGUCGGGGACGCUCAGCAACUACUACGUGGACUCGUUCCUCCUCCACGAGACCGAGGAGCUGGUGCAGUCGCGCUACGCCUCGGCCCCCCUGGGCCAGCCGGCCAGGCAGGCGACCCUCGGCGAGCACCCCGAGUUCACCCCCUGCAGCUUCCAGUCGAAAGCGUCCGUCUUCAGCACUUCCUGGAAUGCCGUGCACCCGCCGAGCGCCAACAAUGUGCCGGCCGUCUACCACCCGUACGUGCAUCACCAGCCACCCGACGGCAGGUACAUGCGUUCGUGGCUGGAGCCGAUGCCGGCCUCCUUGUCUUUCCCCGGCUUGCCGGCUAGCAGGCAUUACGGCAUUAAACCUGAACCGCUCACGGCCAGGAGGGGUGACUGUACCACCUUUGACACGCACGCACUCUCUCUGACUGAUUAUGCUUGUGGUUCUCCUCCAGCUGAUAGGGAUAAGCCAGCCAACGACGGGGCAUUCUCGGAAAACAAUGGCGAGAGCGAGGCAAACGGAGAAAAACCCCAGCUGGAUCCAAAUAACCCAGCAGCAAACUGGUUACAUGCAAGGUCCACAAGGAAAAAGCGUUGCCCUUACACCAAGCAUCAGACACUGGAGUUGGAGAAAGAGUUUCUCUUCAAUAUGUAUCUCACCAGGGACCGGAGGUAUGAAGUGGCCAGGCUCCUGAAUUUAACCGAGAGACAAGUGAAAAUCUGGUUCCAGAAUCGUAGGAUGAAAAUGAAGAAAAUUAACAAAGACCGAGCAAAGGAUGAAUGAUCCUAGACGGCAGGUUUAAUCUGUGUCAAAAUAGCAAAAUCCGCCCUUCCCCCCUGCGGUCCUUCAGCGCCACACAAUGCAACUUCUCUACCCCUAUCCUGAAACUGUAACCAGGCCUCGCAUAUUUUUAUUUUUUCAUUGUUUGUCCUUGGCCAAUUCAGCUCUUGAAUGUACCUCGCCAGCGUGCAGAAAGACCGCUGUGUCCUGGUGCUAUUUUGGAGGUACCGUCUUUUUUUUUUCAUUUUCUACUCCUAGGAAAGCAAAGGAGGGACAUUACCGCACCAGGGUGAUAUGUUGCUUUGUUUAAAUCUACCUGUCAAGAAAGAAAAAAAAAGAAAGAAUGAAAAAGAAAAAGAAAGAAAGAGAAAGAAAGAAAACUACCUUUUAAUGCACAAUUCUUUAUGGACUGUAUAGGUUAGUUGAAGUAGUUAAAUUUAUUUGCUUGUUGCAAGGCAGAGAGAGAAAGGUCUGCUGUAAUACUUGAACACUGUGUUUUACUGUGGUAUUAUAUUUGUGACUCAAUUUUUGUGCUUGGGUGCUGUACCAGAUGUGAUUGUGUAAGCUAGAAUACAAUUUGAACUCAGGUUGUUUAUUAUAAAGAUUGCAUAGAGUAUAGCUCUGUAGUGUAAGGACGGAGUCUUUUUUUCUGUACCAUUGAACAGUUAACCUUGAAUCCUACCAGAUAAAAAUUAUAAAUCAUCCAUUUCAUAUCCUAACUUUUAAACAUAAAAGAAAAGCAAAUAUCUGGAAUAAAAAAGGAGCUUAUUGGUUCCUCUGAAACCACUCAUUUAAGUAUACACACAAUCUAUCUAUCUAUCUAUAGUACAGUUUUCGUCAAUUGUAUAUAUAUUAUCUAUAUAUUAAAGAAAGAAACCCUUAAUAAUCAAAUUAGCUUGAAUAUUGUUUUUGCACCCGUGAGCAGUUCUCAGAUAUCGGAGCUAUACCUAUAUGUGAAAAAGGUAACUACUACCUAUGGUUUACGUUUUAAGAUUAAUCAAAUAACUUGAUUCCUAUUGUAAUGAAGUUUAAUUUUAUUGAUAAUAAAUUAUACACUAAAAACUA